GACCUACGAUGUCCCAUCCGCAUCAGGUGUCUCUUUUUUUUUGGCCUUGCAACUUGCGUGGUCCCAAAACAGGAACCUUUUCUCACUGUACUUCAAAGUCCGCACUUGUUCUUGUAAAUUGUAUGUGCUGGGUUCCACAGUGAGAAUCUGGCCUUCUCCAAAAACUUUACUCUUCAACAUGCGGCUGGAGGAGAUGAUUGAGGAUGCUUGCAAUCCGGCACGAUUUGAGUCGGAUGCACGGCUCAAUAAGGAAAUCUGCGACAGAAUCAAUCAAAAGCAAGGAAGCCUACCUCGGAUCGCCGCCAUGAGAAUCGUGCGUUUGGUGAACAGUAAACAUGUCCAUCAAGGCAUGCUGGCUUUGACGUUAUUAGACAUGUGCGUCAAACAUUGCGGUUACCCAUUCCACCUUCAAAUAGCGACAAAGGAAUUUUUAAAUGCGCUGGUACGAAAGUUUCCUGAACGUCCUCCUACACGCACCCUUGUACCGGACACUCCCAACGGCUGGAAUCACUUUGAUAUUGUCCCCAGUGCAUCGCAGAUGAAUCCGAUUAUGGAACGAAUUCUCUACAUGAUCAAACAAUGGAAAGUGGCGCUGGCAGAAUUAUCACGUUAUAAAGAGGAUCUGGUGCAUAUCAAAGAUAUGUACCGCUUGUUACGAUCCAAAGGAUAUCGAUUUCCCGAACUUCGUGCAUCUUCUGUCAAUGAACUAACACCACCAGAGACGUUGAGAACACCGGAAGAGAUUGAAGAGGAAGAAAGAGUGGCGCAGGCAGCCAAAUUACAAGAACUGAUUCGACGAGGUAGACCACAGGAUCUAGCAGAGGCCAAUCAUUUAAUGAAAAUCAUGACCGGUUAUAAUCAACAACAACAGCCAGAUUACAAGGAAAAGUUCACGGGUGAACUGCGAAAGAUUCGGAACAAAGCGCAACUUUUGUAUGAUAUGCUUGAAAAGGUCAAACCAGGACAAAAAGUGGAUGUCAAUGACAUGAUGACCUUCAAAUACACCUGCGAAACCACGCUUCCACGAAUUGCUACUAUGAUCAAACAAGAAAACGAUGUAGAGCGGUUAGAGGAUUUGCUGACGGUGAACGAUAUAUUGCAAAACGUAAUGGCAAAGUACUUUGAUCUCAAAAAAGGCAUUUACGAUACGCAUUACAGUGUUGAUUCAAAGCCUACAAAGCCGCCAAAAGAAGAUGCGCCAGCUCAAGCUAUUAGUCUUAUCGACUUGGAUGAUAACACAUUGACAUCGCCGGUCCAGGAUCAAUCACGGCAGAAUGCAUCUUCAGAUAUCAGCGUCUUUGAUGAAUUGAGCAACGUGUUUGAGCAGCAAGUACAAGUUACGACAUCUUAUUUUCCACCCGUAUCGAAGAAUGGUGAUCUGAUGCACAACAGCGGUACAAGUCCUCUACCCAUGAUGUCUCCUGUGUCUACUGUGGAUAGCCCCGACUCCAACAUGACUCAAACGACGCGCUACGGCAAAGAAGAUGAGAAAAUUAUUUUAUUGGAUAAAAACGGACUUCAAAUUGUACUGAAGGGGUCUGUGCAGGACUCCAUCUAUCGCUUAACAGCGUAUUUCUCAAACCGAUCUACGGUGCCUAUGGAACGCAUGGUCCUGCAUAUGGCAACACCAAAGUCCAUGACACUGGCAAUGGAAAAUCCGUCGGCUCAAGUGAUCCCAUCAAAAUCAGAAGCUGUUGUUACUCAAAAUUUGACCUUGGAAAAUCCUCAACGGUGUCCAUUACGGCUCAAGUACAAAGUGACCUAUGAACAAUUUGGCGUGGAAAUGGAACAAUCCGGGAUUUACGAGGAAUCAUAGAAAACAAGCAGCAUUUUAUACCACUCCGAUGUUGUUGAUCAGCAUGGCCAUUUAGUUUUCUCUUUUUUUUCUGUUUUUUUCCUCUGCAUCCACCCGUUCCUCUUCACCUUGUACAUUACCGUAUCUAGUCAGAUGAGUCUGUAUAAGCACUGUUCAUUCAUGUAUACUGCAAUUAUUCAAUGAUAUCAGCAACAAAACAAGAGAAGGAUGACCUUUUUUUUUUUUUUAAAAAAA